GCCCCCCCUCUCCCCCCACCCCCCGCGCUCUCUGUAUUUCUCUCUCUCUCAAUUUCCGAUCAAUUUCCCAAACUCUCUCUCAAUCCAAUCGGUGAAAAAAUGUCUUCCGUAUUCAGCGGCGACGAAACGGCUCCGUUCUUUGGCUUCCUCGGCGCGGCGGCGGCCCUAGUCUUCUCCUGUAUGGGAGCGGCUUAUGGCACUGCUAAGAGCGGCGUGGGUGUGGCGUCAAUGGGCGUGAUGCGGCCGGAGCUCGUGAUGAAAUCGAUCGUGCCGGUUGUGAUGGCGGGAGUGUUAGGUAUCUACGGUUUGAUCAUCGCGGUCAUUAUCAGUACGGGGAUUAACCCUAAGGCCAAGUCGUAUUACCUUUUUGACGGCUACGCUCACCUCUCGUCCGGCCUCGCUUGUGGCCUCGCUGGCCUCUCCGCCGGUAUGGCUAUCGGCAUCGUCGGCGAUGCUGGUGUCAGAGCAAAUGCACAACAGCCAAAGCUUUUUGUUGGAAUGAUUCUCAUUCUCAUCUUUGCUGAGGCCUUGGCCUUGUAUGGCCUCAUUGUUGGUAUCAUCCUUUCUUCCCGAGCUGGCCAAUCCAGAGCAGAUUAGAAGAAAGUGUCCUGCAUGCAGCUGGUGUUAGUUUUGUAACCGUCACUUCAGGUUCGUGAUGCAUAUGUGUGCAGUGUUGUUUCAAGUUAUUCAUUUUCUAUCUGGACUUUCCAUUACAUUAUUAAGAGGUCCUGUGCUAAUCUGUGGCUGAGUUUACUUUGGAAUAAAGCUCACUAAGCUAUUGCUUACCUAUUGCUGUAUUUAAGAUGUUAGUUCAAGCUAGUCUAAAAACUUUUGUUGUAGCACAACCCUUUCAAGUGUUUAUUUUACAUUUCUGAUCAUUAUUAGUGAUCUCUGGAACUUGGUAGUUCUUGACUUA